AUGGCUUCAGCCUCUGUCACCAGGUCGACGAUGCCUGGUGGACCUGGGAAGAGCAUAUCACAUACCGAUGCACCCCUCACACAAUCACGAGAAACGGGCGAUGUAAAUCCUGAGUCGCGGCAAGGAAGCCCGAUAGUCAACCGGGACAGGUCCGCGCGCGCUGUUAAAUCAUGGGCGCAUCUGGUGGCAGGAGGAAUCGGCGGCAUGACGGCUGCUACCCUGACUGCACCGCUUGAUGUCCUCAAGACCAGGUUGCAGUCCGAUUUCUACCAAGCCCAGAUCCGCGCUUCCCGGGCCUCGAUAGCCGCUCCGAUGAAUCCCCUCCGAACCGUCGCAUUCCACUUCAACGAGACCAUGUCCAUCUUGGCCAGCGUCUACCGCCAGGAAGGGCCCCGGGCGCUUUUCAAGGGCCUCGGCCCUAACCUGGUCGGCGUGAUUCCCGCCCGCUCAAUCAACUUCUUCACCUACGGCAACGGUAAGCGCAUCAUCGGCGAGUACGUUGGUGACGAGGACUCCCCGUGGGUGCACCUUAGUGCGGGUACUCUGUCUGGUGUCGUCACUAGUACGGUGACAAACCCAAUCUGGAUGGUCAAGACUCGCCUGCAGCUCGAUAAGAACAUGGCGAUAGAGAGUGGCGGCAUCGCCAAGCGCCGGUACAAGAACAGCGUGGACUGCAUCCGGCAAGUACUACGUGACGAAGGGAUCCGAGGUCUCUACAAGGGCAUGAGCGCGAGCUACCUAGGCGUGGCCGAGUCGACCAUGCACUGGAUGCUGUACGAGCAGAUCAAGCGCUCGCUUGUGAGGAGGGAGGAACGCAUUGCCCUCAGCGGCAGGCAGAAGGGCUGGUGGGACCACACGGUCGACUGGACGGGCAAGUUUGGCGCCGCGGGCUUUUCCAAGUUCAUCGCAGCCGUAAUAACUUAUCCUCAUGAGGUCGCCCGCACUCGCCUACGCCAAGCGCCCAUGGCCGACGGCCGGCCCAAGUACACCGGCCUCGUCCAGUGCUUCAAGCUGGUGUUUAAAGAGGAGGGUAUGCUCGGCCUCUACGGCGGCAUGACGCCCCAUCUACUCCGGACAGUCCCGAGCGCAGCCAUCAUGUUCGGCAUGUACGAGGGCAUUCUCCGACUCCUCCACACUUCGGCGUAA